AAUUCGCAAAGUUCGUAGCACGUAGAAACAUCUGUUCAAUAACGCCUGUUUUCAAAUAAUUAUAUAAAAUGUUGGAUCUGUUCAGCAUCUUCAGUAAAGGAGGAAUAGUGCUAUGGUGUUUUCAGGGCACGAGUGAAAUAUUUUCACCGUCCGUGAAUGCGCUGAUACGCAGCGUUAUACUGCAAGAGCGUUCAGGCAACACAACGUUCAACCACAACUCCCUAACGCUCCAAUACAAACUGGACAAUGAGUUUGAGCUGGUGUUCGUGGUCGCGUACCAGCGGAUCCUGCAGCUCUCGUACGUGGACAAGUUCCUUAACGACGUGCACCUGGAGUUCCGGGACAAGUACAAGAACGAGCUGCAGGUCGGGCACCAUAUGGGGGACUUUGACUUUAAGGCGUGCUUCGAUGCAGUGCUGAGGGGGUGCGAACAGUGGGCCAAAUCCCAAGCUAAGAUUCCUAAGCAAAUGAGGACGUUUGAGGAUUCUCAGAAGUCCAAGAAGACUGUUGCCUCUAUGAUCGAGAGGAAAGGAGAGGAGAAGGGAAAGAAGUCAGUUAAGAUAGUGGAGGCCAAGUUGACGAACGGCAAGCCGGAGGAGCCGGAGGAAGAUGACACCGACGUGCUGGCCGCCCGCGCUAAACUUGCGCAGAAACUCAACAAGACCAAGAAGGAGGUCAAGAAAUCUCCGAAAAGUCCCAAAGUGGAGAAGGACCGCACCAAGAAACCCCGUGUCUGGGAGCUAGGAGGUGGAACUAGGGACCUUCCAGAGCUUGACUUUAGCACAGACAAGCCUGAAGACUCCAACAUUAUCGCCGAUACUCAUCUGGUGGGCAAAAUGACCGGCGCCAUCCGCGACCUGGAGGUGGACUCCGAGGAGAGCAGCAGUGAAGAGGAGGAGGAGCAAUCAGCUCCCAGCCCGAAGAAGACCGGCGGCAUGUUCAGCAUCUUCAAAGGUCUCGUGGGUUCCAAGGCUCUGUCAGCGGAGGCCAUGCAACCGGUUUUGGACAAGAUGCGCGACCAUCUCAUAGCGAAGAACGUGGCGGCCGACAUCGCCAACAAGCUCUGCGAGUCCGUGGCCAAUAAGCUGGAGGGGAAGGUCCUAGGCACGUUCGACAGCGUAGCCAAGACCAUAAAAGCUACGCUGACGGAGUCGCUGGUCCAGAUCCUGUCGCCCAGACGCCGCGUGGACAUCUUGCGGGACGCCAUGCACGCCAAGCAGGAGGGACGCCCUUACGUCAUGGCGUUCUGUGGGGUGAACGGCGUCGGCAAGUCCACCAAUCUGGCAAAGAUCUGUUUCUGGCUGAUCGAGAACGACAUGUCUGUGCUGAUCGCGGCGUGCGACACGUUCCGCGCAGGCGCAGUAGAGCAGCUGCGCACUCACACCAGACACCUCAACGCGCUGCAUCCGUCGCAGAACCAUUCCAGGACCAUGGUGCAGCUGUAUGAGAAGGGCUAUGGCAAGGACGCAGCCGGUAUAGCCAUGGAAGCGAUCCGCUACGCGGCCGACUCUAAGAUCGACGUCGUGCUCAUCGAUACUGCGGGCCGCAUGCAGGACAACGAGCCACUCAUGCGGGCGUUGGCUAAGCUCAUCAAGGUAAAUGAACCAGACAUGGUCCUUUUCGUCGGCGAAGCUUUAGUCGGCAAUGAAGCCGUCGACCAGCUCGUGAAGUUCAACCAGGCGCUCGCCGACCACAGCUCCACCGCCAACCCUCACACCAUCGACGGAAUAGUGCUUACCAAGUUUGAUACCAUCGAUGAUAAGGUCGGCGCGGCCAUAUCAAUGACGUACAUCACGGGUCAGCCCAUAGUGUUCGUGGGCACCGGCCAGACCUACACGGACCUCAAGGCCCUCAACGCCAACGCGGUCGUACACGCCCUCAUGAAGUAACCAGGUUUGUUGCCAAGGACUGCCAAACAACAACCACGUGGUUCCCAUACAAUAACAUUUAACGAACGUUUUAACGGUGAAAAUGUCUAUUUUGGUGCAACUGACUCUAAUUUUCCUAAUAUACCGGAAAAAAAUUGAAUGUUUCUGUCAAAUCGUGUUUUUACCAGGGACACCAUAGAUGUUUCAUGAAAAAAAAUUAAAGACCCCUAAUUAUACCCCGUUUUUUUUUCAGAUUAGAAAUAUUAUAACCUCAAAAGUAGUGGUAACUUUUUUCGUCCACAAUUAAAUCUGAGUAACUAUGCACUGAAUUAUAAUAUUUGUAAUGUCGUAUAUAUUAUUGUACCGUAAUAUUAAAUAUCAUAGGAAUCCUAGCAUUUCGGAAGAAAAAGUUUAUUUAAUAAUUACCUUUACUUUUGAGGUUAGAAAAUCUAUUUUAACCCCUUACCCUUACUGCAUGUAAUAAAAAAUAUUUGUUCAAAUUUGAACUUUAUUAGCUGUCUAUAGAGUUGAAUAUAAUAUCUGCCAUCGUCUUCGUAUGCGUUAAAGGGUUUAAAAAAACGGGGUAUAACUCAAAAAGCGAAUGCUAAAUUUUAUAAUUGGGGAAACCCGGUUGGAUGGCAGCUCUACAAGGACUUUUUUGUAGUAAUUAACUUCCCGAAGUACUACUACUAAUAUAAACUAAAGUAUUGGUCACAAAUAAAAAGUAAUAUAAAAUACGGGCCCAUAAUAACGUGAAACGCAAGUUAUAGUGCGUAAAAAACAAAGGUAUGAUCAAAUACCAAGAGACUAUCAAUUCCUGGCAUCAUGUUUUGUUAAAAAAUAUAAUUAUAUGUGACAGACAUACAUAUACAUAUACUUAAUACAAAAAUUCACUUUCCGUACACUUACUUAACAUUGCCUACGAUGCCAAGCAUUGCCUGUGUAGAAAACAGGGGGUCUAGCCAAGAUGACAAUCGUUCCCAGAAAACAAAACGAAACGCUAUUGUCUCGCUAUCACUCUUCCAUAGUGCGAUAGAGACAGAUAGCGUUUCGCUGUGCUCUUCUGCGAACGAUGUCAUCUUUGCUAGGCACCCAGUUAUUCUCUACCGUCUGUCUAUAGACUCCAUAGUAUGCAUUUUCUCAAAUGAUUUUUACGCCUAAGACCCUAAGCUAAAAGCUAUUGUUUCUUUUAUGCGAGCGGUUUCGCUCCCGCAUUAGGCACGUGCCAAAGCAACAAUCUCCUUUAAAAAGCAACUGUAUCGUGAUAGUAUUAAGGUUCAAAUAUAUGUAUUACUCCAUGGAACAUUCUGUACCGUCUUCCCUUCCGCAUAGAAUUUUCCCGUCUUGGGGUUGUAUUUCAAUUCCAUGUUGCCAUGGUCGUUUACUUAUGUUGUUUGUAUAGGCUUGACAAGGCGCAUCCACCAUUCUCUCGUUCCCGUCUUUAUGUGCUGUGCUUUGAAGGUAAAAUAUUGAAUUUCAAAUUUCGGUACAAUCAUCUUUGUAUGUCGCCUCCGUCCAUUGAUCGAGGCGGUCCACUCCACAUGAAUGUCCUGCGCACUGACAAGUCUUAAUAAUUUCUUCGGUGAGAAUAUCCUGUAAGACUUGACGACCAUUGCCGGAAUAUAGUUAUCCAUGCCGUAAUCGGCAACGGCGACCCUAGCUAAUUACGAGCGUGAGCUCUGAUAUGGCUGGCAAAGCCGAACUUACUUUUAAAAACUCUAUCGCAGGUGGGACAGUAAAGUUGACCAGAAUUAUUGUAAGUAUAAUUAUAGGAGGGUUUCGGCCGGGAUUUACGUAUCUGACGUUUCGCAUCAAGGUCAAUGAGACGAGCGUCUUCAAAGUUCUUUACGCUCAUCUUAACGCGGGAACGCCAUUCUGGCCGCUGAGAAGCAAGCUCCUCCCAUUUGUCAGGUGGUAUACCGCAGGCAGUUAGGUGGCGCUUAAGCACAUCCUUGUAACGUAGGUGCUGCCCACCUUGCUUCCGUUUAAAGAGCCAAAUAAGCCAAACAGUUAAUUGAGGCACAUUUGUAGGGUUUCUCUCGAAUAAUUCUUCCCAACCUAGAGUGAAAUCCCCACUGUUUAUUUUUAGAUACGUAUAUGAUGUGCCAAUGCAAGCGCUGGUGGGCUAGCGGUGAGAGCGUGCGACUUGCAAUCUGGAGGUCGCGGGUUCAAACCCCGGCUCGUACCAAUGAGUUUUUCGGAACUUAUGUACGAAAUAUCAUUUGAUAUUUACCAGUCGCUUUUCAGUGAAGGAAAACAUCGUGAGGAAACCGGACUAAUCCCAAUAAGGCUUAGUUUACCCUCUGGGUUGGAAGGUCAGAUGGCAGUCGCUUUCGUAAAAACUAGUGCCUACGUCAAAUCAUGGGAUUAGUUGUCAAGCGGACCCCAGGUUCUCAUGAGCCGUGGCGAAAUGCCGGGAUAACGCGAGGAAGAAGAAGAUAUGAUGUGCCAAUGCCGUCUUCUCGUUCCAUAAUGCACAGCGAUGAGUUUAUAAGGUCCGUUAUAAACUGUUGCAAUUUCACUCUCAUCACCUGGUCUAUACGUACCGACUCCAAAUAUUCCUUGUUCCACACUUCCAGCGUCUUCUCCAAUUUUUUCGCACGAUCCUCCUCCGUUACUGUAAGUUCUUCGUCGUCCAUUUCGCCAUAGUACGUCGAGUUUGCCGCUGCCGCCAUUAAUUGUCCCAACCCCUUGUACUCCAUAACAUAGUUGGUUGUCAGGUUGCUGCGUAAUUGGGUCCAAUCCGUAUGAUCCUGUUCCUCCUCUGAUUCCGUCUCCGGCUCCGGUGCUACCCCCAUCACCAUCAUUUCCGAAUUGGCUGCUGUCAUUUUCUCCUGUUCCUCCUCCUCCUCCUCCUCCUCCACUUCCUCUAUCGGUACUGGUUUCGUUACCACAAUGUCCUUUUUUACAUUUUUCCUCGCACGUUUCAUUUUUAAGGUACAACACCCAAACACAGCCGAACCUAUAUACUACUACUACUACGUUACACGUCCAUGACGUAAACGGGGUAAAGGGUAAGGGGAAAGGGAAAAAAAAACAAAGUAAGUACUUCUUCAACAGGGACCACACCCAGACACAGCCGAACCUAUAUACUACUACUACUACGUUACACGUCCAUGACAUGUAAACGGGGUAAGGGGUAAACGGUUUAAACGGCAUUGCUGCUUUGGCACGUGUCUAAUACGAGAGCAAAACCGCUCGCAUAAAAGAAACAGUAGCUUUUAGCUUAGGGUCUUAAGAGUAAAGCCUAAAGUUUAAAAGAUAAAAAUCAUUUGUGAAGAUUCAUACUAUGUAUAUAUCAAAUUCCUAAUAUGAUCGCUAUUCUCCCAUUGUGCAGAGUAAUGUUUGGCAUGGGAGGCAAUCUUGAGAAAGUAUACAGCACUUUUGCUUUUAAGGACAAUCGUGUCUUCUCCCCUCAAAGUACAUUUAUGUCUGAUUAUAUCUUGUAAUGUAUAAUAAUGAGACCACUAUUAUGUAUUUUAUGUAUUUUUACCCCCUUAUUCAUAAACGCGCCACAAACAUCAAUUAGCUAAUAAUGGUUUGUCUUUAUCUAUCAUUUUGACUUAUGUAUUUGUAAGAAAGGGACAAAACAUAAUUUAACUAAAUCAGGUCCGUAAAGUUUUAUGAAUAUGGGGGUUAGUAAUUAUGAAUUACGCCAUGGUAAAGGUUUUAAUUAUUUUAAGAAGUUCGUUGAAAUAAAAUAAUUAUGUUUAUCUAAAUGAAAUGUUUAUUUUCUUAUGAUUUUUUUCGGGUUGCCUUUAAGGUAUAAUGUUGUAUGAAAGUUAUUUUAAAAUGUCAUAUAAGUUAUGUGUAUUAUACCUAUCUAUCUACCAACCUAAAGGUAUUAUAGUCGCGAUUAUAAUGAUCUAUAAUUUUUCUUAUUUUUGGUACUCCGUUUGUGGCAAAGAAUCAUACGACCCACCGUCAGUAAGCGAUCAUCAUAGCCUACGGACGUUUGAAAUAACAGGGUUAUUAUAUUUAAGACAUAUGAAAAAGCGCUUAGGCACAUUUUAUAAUCGUGACUGUAGAUACAGUCAGCGGCAGAAGUCAAUACGCACGCUCUUAUUUUCUCAACAAUAAAAUUGUGUUCACUUCAUUUUGGAGAUCUCGCCCGCUUAGUAAUUUCUGCUACUGACUGUACUAUGAUUGUAUUUCAAUUUUAAAUCAUGUUUAUCAAAUAUCUGUGUAUUGGGAACAUACUUAUAAUAAUAGAACGUCACUUAACCUUCUAAGGCCCAGCCAUACAUACGAGUAUGUAAAAAUUCCAGAAUUUGUCACUGAAUUUCGAACUUAUAGUGCAGGGAAUAGAGUUGAUUUUGGUUUUGUUUGAACAUUUUACGAAAAAAAACAAAUGCGACUCUGUUCCAAUUGAAUAUGACUUAAAUUUAAUCGAACUGAAUAAGUACUGUAGGUAGGACCUUGGGCCUUAGGAGGUUAAAUCAAUGCUAAAGUACAGUCAGUCCCAUAUUAUUAAAAAAUGGUUUGCCAAUAUUGCCUUUGCAUGAAUUGAAGACGCAAAAUGUAUUUAUUAAUAAUAAUUAUUUUAUGUUUAACCGGCAGUUUUUAUCUGGAUAUUUUUAAAUGUUCAGAAAUUAUAUCAAUUUGUAAAGGGACCGAAAAAUAACCCCUAUCUAAAAUAUCGCAACUUCCUGAUAACAAACUUACCGGUAUCAAAAUUAAAAACGGUAAAAUACCAAAAUAAUUUUUUACCACGGUCCCACCCACGGGUACGGUUUUUAUCCCAAAGUCCUAUAAAAAGACUUUCCAUUGCAUUUGAAUCUUUAUUUUAGCCUCGUUAGGCCUUAGAUACCGAUCUUAGAAUAAAUUUAAAAGUGGAAAAAUUACCGUCUUGAGUGAGCCUUGAACUCACGGCCUCUGGAUAGAUACUCCAAGUGAGAGUUCAAAUCUCACCCAAGACAGUAAUUUUUCCAAUUUUAAAUUUAUUCUAAUCUUAAUAGCAUCGUUCGCAGACGUGUCUGCUUGUUCAAAAUUAAAAUACCGAUUUUUAUGAAUAACUUAUUACAUAUUAUUAUUAUGAGCCUAUAUUGUCCCACUGCUGGGCAAAGGCAUGCGUGGCUCACACCGCGAUUUUGUCGCUUUGCUACAGGUAGCUAAAAGUACAUCCGUUCACCAAUUGUGGUGGCUGGCCAUAAGCCGCGCGUGGCGCUGUCGCCAUCUAGCGGCCAUAUCUGUGCUGAUCGUAACAGACACGUUUUGUUAGAGAGUGAGUCUUCUGUACCUAGUACUAUUAUUUAUUCUGUGGCAAAGGCCUCCCUCUUAUUUCUCCGUCCCCUGAAGUCUCCCACCAGUCUCUAUCAAAAGCGCCAAGCUCGUCCCGCCAUCUCCGACGAGGUCUGCCGUGGCGCCUUACUUAACCUUUUGAACGCCAAACGGCGCUUUCAUUUGCCGCGCCACUGACGCCACGGGGGUAAAAUUAAGUUUUGUGAAUAAAUAAUGCCAACCUAAAAGUGAGGUGUUUUUCGUUUUUCAUAAAAAAACGAUCGACGUCAAAUGCCGUCUUUGGCAUCUUUGUCAGGAUUUUGCGUUGACGUCAAUUGCCGUCUGUGGCGUUUAAAAGGUUAAAAUGAAUAAACUUACAAGGAAUAACUUAAAUGCAGGUUUUCGGUCCCAUAAAAUAGUAUUUUGUCAGUGCCUUGCCCCGCGGCAUCGAAGUGGCUUGUAAGCUAGAUCCCCAACACUGCCCGAAGCCUAUUGGCAUAGUUUGUAUACAGCUUUCUUAGGAAUAUGUAUUCAAUAUUGUAUUUAUUGUAUUUCCGAUAUAAUAGAAGUGACACUGAUGUGAAAACAGUUAAACGCUAGAACAACGUGUACAGUCAACGUCAGAGGUAUGUUAACAUUUUUCGCCUUAUUACAAAGGCAUAAAGUGCAAAAGUGUAAACAAUGUAAACAUAUCUUUGACGUCGACUGUACCUACUAAGAUAUUCAUUUAGCGUAAUAUGAUGUACAGUCACUAACAGGUAUAUCGGGGCGGCCAUAGUGAUCCGAUAUAUAAAUAAAUAAAUAAAUAAAUAUAGGACAUUUUUACACAAAUUGACUAAGCCCCACAGUAAGCUCAAGAAGGCUUGUGUUGUGGGUACUCAGACAACGAUAUAUAUAAUAUAUAAAUACUUAAAUACAUAGAAAACAACCAUGACUCAGGAACAAAUAUCUGUAUCAUCAUACAAAUAAAUGCCCUUACCACGAUUCGAACCCGGGACUAUCGGCUUCAUAGGCAGGGUCACUACCCACUAGGCCAGACCGGUCGUCAAAUAUGAUAUAUGGAUAUGAAUAUGAUGUAUGUAUAUGAUGGCGACUGUACCCAUACUUGUGGUUUAUUCAUUAUUGCUAAGCAUAAAAGCAUUAAUUAUAUAAUAGUUUUUUCAACAUUGUGUCACAAAAUGCAAAGCUUACUGAUUUAAAGACAUAAACGGCGUUAAAAAAAUCAGGGUCACUUUUUUUUCUAAAGUAAGGAUGCUAACACGAAGAAUUAAGUACAUUAACUCGCCUGACCCUGACUCUAACGCACCCGCAUAGUUAUAUUACUAUCCUGCUUGCGGCGCUCGCUAUGGGCGGGACAGCAAUAUAUGUAGAUAUAUAUAGGGACCGUGCGCGUUGGAGGGUCUGCCAUCUUGUGGCCUGAAUCGGAAACAUAUGCGCACAUGUACAUUACCAAAGCAAGUGCUACCAUCUACCGUUCUCGUCGGUACGUUUCCUUGUGCAUAGUAGGUUCUGCCAUCUUGUGGGCUACAUCGGAAGCAUAAACGACACAUUUCGCCAAAAAUCUUACGGCUCCUAUGCUGCCCCCUAUAGUUCAUGCACGAGGCUGACGGGGCCUAUAGGAACAGGCGGGUUAAUGUACGCAAUUCUUCGUUCUUAGCGCCUUUACUUUAGGACAACUAUUCUGCCCAUGCUAUGUAUGUAAGUAUAUUAUCUUCAAUCUUAUAAACUUGGCAUUGCUGUAUAUAAGAUAUUAAACAUUUGUCGAGUCGACUGUACUCGUUGCGUCUUACAAAAAAUUACGUUCAUUCCUAUUUGUAUCUUUUAUUCGGAAUUUUAUCAAUAUUGAUCCUAUGAAAUAUAAAUAAAGUUACAAUUUUUAUAAA